AGAAACGUUGGCUCUUUUGGGUCGAGUGGCUGUGCUUUCUUCUUCCUCCUUUCCUGGUCUCAUCAUUGACUCACCAAUGAUGAAGGGUCUGAUUAUUAUAGCAACGGGUUUCUUGUUGGUCCUAGUUGCGGAUUCGGCCGUCAUUCUCCACCAUCGAAUUCCUACAGAGUUUUAUUUACACAACAGCCAGUACGAUGAUUAUUACCAUCACCAGUGUCCCUUCCAGCAUUACCUUGGAGCUACAGACAAUGUUGACUCGAGAGAUUACUACCCCGACGUUGUUCCUCGCCAUCCCUUGGAAAGUAGUGCUGGUGAAAUCAAAAGACUGACGGAUUACGGCUAUAAUGACAUAGAGGGCAGACAGCACCAAAAACAUGGCGAUAGCAGUAAUGAAGUAGCAAUACCCAAUUACCGUUUGUUCCAUUUCGUGUUGAGGCUCGUCAGGGGAUUGCGGAGACACUUUCUUCCGGUUUACGCCACACAUCCCGAUGACAUUAGCAACAUUUACGCCCAGUACAACGAGCACGAACUGCGUCGGAUGAUAGAUGCGUGAAUCUAAUGAAGAAAGCGCCAUUGCCUGGAGGGAAAUCUAAAACUGAAAAAAAGAGAUAAAAUGCAACUCAUGUUGCUGCUGGUGGCACACAUGAUGAUAAGCUACAUACAUAUUUAUAUCGAAAAUUUAUUGCUAGCAAGUUGAAAUCUUGAUAUUUAAUCUCAUGCACCACAUGAAUACUAAUCAGACUGCCAUAACAAGAAAAGUGAUGCAGCCGAAAAAUGAUUCACGAUUCUGUCCAAAAAUGCAUGACACACAUUUGAAAGUUGCAAUCUUGAGAAUUUACUUUUAAUACAAUGUAUUACAACUGUA